UGGUAAAACGUUCAAGGAGUCUCUGUGCACGUCUCGUCACCAGGGGGGAGAAGGAGGGAGAGAGAGCAAGUGAGAGAAGCAAGGAAACACAACUGGAAACAUCAGGACUUUCUCGCUUUGGAUUGUACUCAAAACCCUGACUUGCUUGCUUGCUUGCACUCUCUCUUCUUUCCUAUUUUGUCCAUCAGCACCCAAAAACAAACCACCAUGGCGACCCCAGAGCCAGUCUGCCAUGCCAAUGCCACCAUCUGCUCUGGCACGUCCUGCUUGGUCCCCGAAAGCAACUUCAACGCUAUCCUGAGUCUGGUCUUGAGCACAGUCCUCACAGUCAUGCUGGCCAUGGUCAUGUUCUCCAUGGGCUGCACGGUGGACGCACCCAAGCUUUGGUCACAUAUCCGCCGACCCUGGGGCAUCUUCAUCGGCUUCCUCUGCCAGUUCGGGAUCAUGCCUUUUGUCGCCUUUGCUCUCUCGCUGGCUUUCCAGGUGCUGCCCGUCCAGGCUGUGGUCAUCAUGAUCAUGGGUUGCUGCCCCGGAGGCUCCAGUUCCAACAUCAUUGCCUACUGGCUAGAAGGAGACAUGGACCUCAGUAUCAGUAUGACCACCUGUUCAUCGAUCCUGGCUUUGGGGAUGAUGCCUCUCUGUCUGCUCAUCUACACCUCAGUGUGGACUUCAGCAGAUACCAUUCAGAUUCCCUACGACAGCAUAGGAAUUACGCUGGUGAGUCUGCUUAUUCCAGUCAGCGUGGGAAUGUUCGUCAAGCACAAGUGGCCCAAAGUGGCAAAGAAGAUCCUGAAGGUUGGAUCUAUUGUGGGCAUCCUUCUGAUCAUUAUCAUCGCUGUGGUGGGGGGUGUGCUCUAUCAGUCCUCCUGGACGAUCGCGCCCGCUCUGUGGAUCAUCGGAACCAUUUACCCUUUCAUCGGUUUUGGUCUGGGCUUUUUGCUGGCACGCUUUGUUGGACAGCCCUGGCACAGGUGUCGCACCAUCGCCCUGGAGACAGGCUUCCAGAACUCGCAGCUGUGCAGCACCAUAGUCCAGCUGUCCUUCGCCCCUGAAGAGCUGGAGGUCAUGUUCGCCUUUCCCUUAAUCUACAGCAUCUUCCAGAUGGUGGCGGCCGUUAUGGCGGUUGGAGGCUACCAGUUGUACAAGAGGCACUGUAAGAAAAGCGUGCCUGUGGAGGACAGUGAGAGUGGGGCCGGAGGUUCUGAUAUUGUCCCCUGUAAGGAGAAGCAGGACUAUGGUUUGGACAAUCAAGGAUUUCGGUUUGAUGAGAACGGCAACGCUAACAAAGGCAGCAUGACUCAACUGUGAGUCAGAGUCCCUCUCACUCUGAGCCCCCCCAACCGAGGCGUCUGCUGGCAGAAGGGUAUACCCAGACCUCCCCCUCCCAGACUGGAGGAAUGAACUGCGGGUCCAGACCCUCAUUAUUUAUUAGUCUUUCAAGCUGUGGCAAGCCGGGUGCAACAAUCGAAUUGACCACGUCAGUAAGAGCGCCCUGUGUGAGAAAUGCGCACUUAUAUAGACUGUUGUUGGGUCAGUUCAUAAAGUACCUCCCCCCAGGUCAACCUAAGAGCCAUGACUGAUCCAGAUUCAGAUUUAGAUCAGGCUCCUGAAUCCCAUUGGCUCUUCUUAACAACAGCUUUUGAGCUGGACACAUAUCAGCCCAAUUCCAGUAAAGACAUUAAAUAUUUCCAAUAACCUACAGAACCAAUUUUUGCUCUUCAGGUGAAUCACAGGCUUUUCUUACUGUACUGUUCUUCUGUUGUAACUUAAAAUUAAAUUUACUUAAAACUUUACUUAAUGGUUUCUAAAAUUCUAAUAUUGGGUGCUCAGCAUUUUUAGCUUCUUUCAAACACUGUACACAAAAUUUUGAGUCAAAAUGACAUGUUGAAAGAAUGAAUCUGCAGACUCGACUCAAAGCUUUCAAUAAACCAGCAUUACUAUAUGAACAGUAUAAGAUGGGAUAUAUGGGGUAUACAUAAUUAACAUUAUUGACGUUUAUAAUUGUCUUUAUUUAAGUUGAAAUUGUCUGCGUAUAAAAUAUCUUGUCUAAGCUGCUGUAUUUUGCAUGUGCAUUUUUCAAUAUGACCUUAUUUUUAAUAUUUAUAUGUCCAAAAAAAAAGAAAAUAAAUCUUGGAUUGUUA